AGCAAAUUGGUGAAGUACUUCAGCCGGCAGCUGUCCUGCAAGAGGAAGGUGGCCCUGCAGGAGCGCAACGCCAAGCUGGAGGGCUUCCCCCAGCUCCUGCACUGGUUCCGCAUCGUCGACAUCCGCAAGGAGGUGAUGGAGGAGAUCGCCCCCGGGCAGCUGAGCCUGGAGGAGCUGCUGGAGAUGACGGAUGAGCAGGUCUGUGCCACUGUCGAGAAGUUUGGGGCCAACAGCGAGGAGUGCGCCCGCCUCAACGCCUCCCUCUCCUGCCUCCGCAGCGUCCACAAGUCCGGUGGCAGCCUCUCCAAGCAGGACUGGACCAUCCAGUGGCCCACGACGGAGCCGGGGAAGGAGAACAGCCCUGGGUGCCCUGCGGGGCAGUGGGGCAGGACGCAGAGCCCUAGGGUCCAACCCAAGUGUGGGCAGCACCACUGCCAUGCGGGCUCACCCCACGGCCCCACGUACACCCACGUGGACCGGCUGACCCCACGCCAGCGCCACGCUGCUCACACCCCUCCACGCACCCCCAACAUCGUCACCACCAUGACGCCGCCGGGCACGCCGCCGGUACGCCGGAGGAAUAAACUGAAGCCCCCCGGGACACCCCCGCCCUCGUCGCGAAAACUGAUCCACCUCAUCCCUGGCUUCACCGCGCUGCACCGCAGCAAGUCCCAUGAAUUCCAGCUGGGUCAUCGCGUAGACGAGGCACACACCCCCAAAGUCAAGAAAAAGACCAAGCCCUUGAACCUCAAGAUCCACAACAGCGUGGGCAGCUGUGAGAACAUCCCUGCACAACGCUCCCCGCUCCUCUCCGAGCGCUCCCUGCGCUCCUUCUUCGUGGGGUACCCGCCUUUCCUCCCCUCCACCCCACCGGUCCACACCGAAGCCACCUUCUCAGCCAAUACGCUGUCAGUGCCUCGCUGGUCCCCGCAGAUCCCUCGCCGAGAUUUAGGAAACUCGAUAAAACACAGGUUUUCCACCAAGUACUGGAUGUCUCAGACCUGCACCGUCUGCGGGAAAGGAAUGUUGUUCGGCUUAAAAUGCAAAAACUGCAAGCUCAAGUGCCACAACAAAUGCACCAAAGAGGCCCCCCCAUGUCACCUGCUGAUCAUCCACCGUGGAGAUCCAGCGAGGUUAGUCCGGACGGAGUCGGUGCCCUGCGAUAUCAACAACCCCUUGCGGAAACCCCCCAGGUAUUCGGACCUGCACGUCAGCCAGACGCUCCCCAAAACCAACAAACUCAACAAGGACCACAUCCCGGUGCCCUACCAGCCAGAUUCCAGCAGCAACCCCUCGUCCACCACCUCCUCCACACCCUCCUCGCCGGCCCCACCGCUGCCGCCCAGCGCAACACCUCCGUCUCCCCUGCACCCCUCCCCACAGUGCCCACGCCAACAGAAGCAGUUCAACCUGCCAGCUUCCCAUUACUACAAGUACAAGCAGCAGUUCAUUUUCCCAGACGUGGUGCCUGAGACACCGACCCGAGCCCCGCAAGUGGUCCUGCACCCUGUCAACUCCAACCCCAUCCUGGAAGGAAACCCAUUGCUUCAAAUUGAAGUGGAGCCCACCUCAGAGAACGAGGAGGGUAAUGAGGAGGCACAGGAGUCCGAGGACGACUUUGAAGAAAUGAACCUCUCGCUCCUGUCCGCGCGCAACUUCCCCCGCAAGGCCAGCCAGACCAGCAUCUUCCUGCAGGAGUGGGACAUCCCCUUUGAGCAGCUGGAGAUCGGUGAGCUCAUCGGCAAGGGCCGCUUCGGGCAGGUCUUUCACGGCCGCUGGCACGGGGAGGUGGCCAUCCGCCUCAUCGACAUCGAGCGGGACAAUGAGGACCAGCUGAAGGCCUUCAAGAGGGAGGUGAUGGCGUACCGGCAGACCCGGCACGAGAACGUGGUGCUCUUCAUGGGAGCCUGCAUGAGCCCGCCCCACCUCGCCAUCAUCACCAGCCUGUGCAAAGGACGGACUCUCUACUCGGUGGUAAGAGAUGCCAAAAUCGUCCUGGAUGUCAACAAGACGAGGCAGAUAGCUCAAGAAAUCGUGAAGGGUAUGGGCUACCUGCAUGCCAAGGGGAUCCUACACAAGGACCUCAAGUCAAAAAAUGUUUUCUAUGACAAUGGGAAGGUGGUGAUUACUGACUUCGGCCUCUUCAGCAUCUCGGGAGUUCUCCAAGCAGGCAGGCGGGAGAACAAGCUGCGGAUCCAGAAUGGCUGGUUGUGCCACCUGGCCCCUGAGAUCAUCCGCCAGCUCUCACCGGACACCGAGGAGGACAAGCUGCCCUUCUCCAAGCACUCGGAUGUCUUUGCACUGGGCACGAUCUGGUAUGAGCUGCAUGCACGGGAAUGGCCCUUCAAGACGCAGCCAGCAGAGGCAAUCAUCUGGCAGGUGGGAAGAGGGAUGAAGCCCAACCUCAGCCAGAUCGGGAUGGGCAAGGAGAUCUCGGACAUCCUCCUCUUCUGCUGGGCCUAUGAGCAAGAGGAGAGACCCACCUUCACCAAGCUCAUGGACAUGCUGGAGAAACUGCCAAAGCGCAACCGUCGCCUUUCCCACCCCGGGCACUUCUGGAAGUCGGCAGAGUAA